AUGAAAGGAAGGCUGUUCGCGGGGAAGCAGCCGAUUGGUGAUGAUACUUGGAGGAAUCUAAACGUGGCAGAUGAGAGAGCUGGAAGGGCUGGGAUCAAUGAAAUACGAAUGGUUAUAUCUGUGUUCGAGUACUUGAACCAACAGCUUGUUAACCGUCACCUUGUUGACACAUAUGGCGCGGCUAAUUACGAAUUGCGUGUGUUCCAAAAAGCAGUCAACAGUGUGUUCGGGCAAAGAGACUUCAGUGCGCCUAAUCUGUUCAGAACUUUCAUGACAAAUUUCAUGUCACGAAUGGCUCGGUGGGCGUCCAAUUGGCUUAAUUCGCGUAUUGAUGAGCUACUUGUCACAUGGCGAGCGGUGCAAAAUGCAGCUACCCCUGGAUCGCACGCAUAUCAGCUCGCAACAAACUACACGGGUGAUCUGAUGGAGCUCAGAGAGUUGGUUCGACUAAGAGUGAUUUUUGACGAUUCAAUCUUUGUUUAUAUGCUGGCAUCAGGUAGCUAA